GUUCAUCCGAUAAUUUAAAUAAACAUCAAAGAAAUUUAAACUCGAAACCCUCAAUCGCUCAAAACUCGCUCAGCCUUCACAGUCUCGCUCAAAUGCUGGUGCUGCAGUCUCAUGCACGUUUCGCAUUUCCUGGGUUGCCCUAUCUGAGACCGUUGAUCGACUCCACCUGUAAUUGCUCCCCUCUUCAGCCUCUUCUUAUAUCGUGGACACUUGUAGUUGCAGAUGACAAUGUCUGCAUCUUCAUCUCCUCUGUGGUGAUUAAGUUUGGAGUUUCAGGCUUUCAGCUGAUCAAGCACAACAUCAUGUCGUUGUUGUUUUUAUGAUGUAAAGACCUGAGCUUUAACGAUUUGUCUAUCACUAUCAUCAAAGAAAAUUAAAUUCAUCCGUAAAGGCUAAGUCUUAAAGCGCCUCUCUUUGCCGCCGACCCCAGAUGAGCCUGAACCAAGAGUUCCGCUUGCGCCUAGAGGCCUGCUUCCCCUUCAAAGAUCAAAUUAGUCACCACUUUCUUGUUAGGGAGGGCUUAAAGCAAAUUUCUCAAGCAUUGAAGGAAAUCGACAGGCUAAUGGAACAAAUGUUAGCUGCAAUCAGAAUCUUGAUACAGUGAGGAGAGAUGGCUCUAAUUCGUCGUCGACCACAGGAGGAUCUGAAGUAGCAUUUUUGCACAGCACAGGAAUCACCAGGAAAUUGUGCGAGUGGAAGACGCAAGAGGUUCUAUGAGAAAGGUGUUUGGGUGGGAGCCAACAAGGGGCGAAUUAUCCAAGGUUGUAGGAUCUGAUAUCAGCGACAUGCGAUCAUCACUAAAGAGGGGAUGGUAUAGUAAACAUACAAUAAUAAGCAAUUUGAUGGGUCUUAUCAGAUCUAUCACAUUGGAACAUGAACAUCAGGGUAGAGGUGUUGCCAUCGAGGAUCUUCUUCAGGCUGGUGUCCUGUCGCUGUUGCGGGGGAUUAAUAAAUUUGAUCAUUCAUGAGGAUACCGUCUCUCAACUUACUCAUAUUUGUGGAUCAAGGAUGGCAUUACAAAAGCGUUUGCAUGUAUAUACACUGAUUACCUGUGUCCCAAAAACAAAUAAGCUAUUUUCUGAAAAUGCUGGAAGGAUUCCAAGACCGGAUGAAGUUGCUGAAAUUGUUGGGUUGUCUGUUGAAAAUCUAUCAAUGGUUCUACAGGUCUCUAAGGAUCAGCCAUUCCGCAGGGGCUCCUACAUUACACACAUGCACUUGGUUCCUGAUGAAGAUGCUGAAACUGCCACAGAAAUAUUCAUGAGAAAGCUUCUACGUGACGAGAUGACUAAACUGAUUGGAUCUAUUAGUCCCAAAGAAGCUGAAGUGUUGAGGUGUUUAAAUCUUAUUAUCUUCUAGGUUCUCACCCUGCGAAUGAUCAUGUUGGCAUAUCGAAGUACCAGUCUGCGAGCAGGGGCUAUUCUGAGAGAGUAGAUGAUGCCAUUAUUUUAGUUUUGCCUUGGGGGGCUUUUGCUGUAUAAAUGCUUCACAUUUUGGUUUAGAAUGUGAUACCUGUACAUAUAGGUGAUGCUUGGUGUACUAUAGCUCACAUUUAUAAUAUGAUCUUUCUAUAAA